AUGUCGACGAAUCCCAAUCCUGGGUUCGUCCCAGAAUCAUGGAGUUUAUAUGGCGUUGGCGCAUUCUUCGUCGUCCUGCGACUGGCCGGCAAGAUCAAACGGGUGGGCGUCAAACACCUUGAAAUCGACGACGCCCUCAUCGCCUUCGGCUUCGUGGCCUACACCAUCCUCGUUGUGGCUUUUAACGAAAUGCUGAAAGGGCCAGGGUCCAACCUGAUGACACCUGAGGAGGAAGCUGCGCUUACACCCGAGCUCAAAGCUGGGCGCAUCCGGGGGAGCAAAUGGGUGUUUGUGUCUGAGCAUGCGGAACUUCUUACAAUUUGGAGCAUGAAGGCUGCCAUGCUGGUCUUAUACGCAAAGUUGAUUGACAAGACUCGACAGCGCAGAUUGCUCUGGGCGGUCGUGGCAUGGGUGUGCUGCGCUUUCGUGGGAGAUGAACUUGCCCUCUUUACUAUCUGCAGACCUCUUUCGCAGUAUUGGGCUGUUCCGCCCCAAAAUUGGUUCCUCGCGCUGACGCAGCCUAAAAAAAAAGCCCAAUGCUCGACCUACCAAUACUAUCAAAUUGUCAACGCGGUCUUCAACAUCUCCACCGACAUCCUCAUCAUGCUCAUGGGCAUCCCUCCAGUCCUGUCAGCGCGCCUGUCCCUCCAGCAAAAGCUUAUUCUGGGCAUAAUUUUCGGCAUGGGUGGCUUUGUGAUCGUCGCCGCCAUUCUGAGGGCGAUAUACUGUCUGGUCCCGUCAUUGAUCUCUUACGUCUAUAUGAACUGGUACUUCCGCGAGGCCUCCGUGUCCAUCUACGUGACGACCCUCCCAGGAAUCUGGGUGUUCCUGAAGGAGAUGUUCCCCAUCAUCCAGAGACUCACGAGCCGGCCCGCCACGAAACCGUCCAAUUCCCAAACCAUCGAGCAUCGCAGACAGCAGCCGUCUUACUGGAGGGAGCCCAGCAAACACAACAACCGCAGCCAAUUCGACGCCAAAGAAGAUCUCGACUUUGACCUGGAUACGUACCCGAUCAGUAAAUCCAUGAUCACGACGGCAGAGAGCGACCUCGGGGGCCAUGGCGUCGGCCGCAGCGACAGUGGACAGGGCGAUGCCGACUCAACGAGCUCCACGCGGUAUGAUGCCGGACUCAACGAGAUAAGGUGCGACAAGACGUUUACCGUCGAGAGUAUUCCCCGAGGUCGACCUUGA